AGAGAAGUUUAUUGCUUAUCACAUUUGCUCCUGGUUGAAAAUCCAUUCAUAAAUCUACACAUGGCCCGAAUAAUUCGAUCAGAGCAAGCGAAUCAGCUGCGUUUUUUGCUGGAGCAACCGGAAGAAGUGCUUAUCGAGUUUUGCAAGUUAGCCAUCGAGUACAUAAACUCCGGGAUAAAUGAAAAGAAAUGCACGGUGGCAGCAAAGAAAUUAUCAUCCACGUACGAAACCGUUCGUGGCGCAUUGGAAGCCUUAGUUGCGCUACUAAUCGAUAGCACGAAAGUGGCAAUUUCCGAGCGUGAAUUUUAUGCCGUGCUACAAACUUCGUUGGAAAGUAUCAACGAAAAACAGAGCGAAAUACUGUGGCAGUUCAUAACGAGCAAGCGCAACCUGGUGGACAACGUGCUACGUGCAUCCUGCCAGGAUGAGCUGUAUUUCCGUGAUUUGGAGUGGCGCAUCGAGGGUCGUAUCGCUUCUCGCAGUUUACGAACGCAGGCAACACCAGUCAUAAAGAUGAAGUUUCACCUCGACACGGAGUGUGUGAGCGAGUAUCGCGAAAAACUGCACUCAACGCCAAUCGAUGCAACGGAAGAGCAGGAGACGAAAAAGCAGGAUCACACACGCAGAGAAGUGUUGGCGGAAACUGACCCUACCAUGCUGCAACACAUGAUACAAGUGUUGGAGCAAGCGUUGCUGGAAGCGCGAACUCGCCGCGUGCGAAACUACGUGAAGCCAGUUCAAAGUUAAGUACGAAUAAACAUUUACACCGAUUAUACAUUCAACUGUGAAAGUGUUUCACAAAUGCACUACUUUA